AUGCCUCAAGGUCCGAAACCGAGCCCUUUGAUGAAGCCCUUCAUCGUAUUGGCCUUGCCUGGCAUGUACUUGUUCUACAAGUACAAUCAGUACAAGCGGAAACGGAAGGAGAACGCCAACAGGCGAUUGGCCGAACGGGAGCUGCUUCAUUUGAAUAACAAAAUCGAAAAACUCCUGAGCAAACUGGAAGAAACCGAACCGGAAUUGGCCACCACGCCGGAGGAAGAGUGUGUGAUAUGCAUAAACGCCAAGGCCACCAUGCAAACGUCCCCCUGCGGCCAUCAAGUCGUCUGCCGAAAGUGCUUCGUGAAAACGAUACAAAUCGCCGUGUCCCAAAGGCUGCUGCCCUUGCGGUGCGUCAUUUGCAGGGCGAAAAUACUCAGGUUAAAGACUGGACCCAUUCUUCCGACGUCCGCCAGCGGCUAUUCAAUGGCGUCCAGAUCGUCCGGCGCCUCGUCCGUUCCGCAAUCGGACAGCCUCUACAGCGUCAGCAGCGGAGGCUCCACCGUUUCUUCCACAUCGAGUUCUUCCAUCGGCAGCAAAGGAGCGCCACCUUGCUGCAACGGCAGAUGUUCCGGGGCGUAUCCCAGGCAACCCACCACGGGGGCUAUAAAGAGAUCCCAACAGCACGCUAUGAAGAUGAAGAUACAGGAUUAUUGCCGCGUGAGGGAUCCGCCCGGCAGGAGCCAAAUCCAGUUGAAUAGAUCCAGAUUGCCGCCGAUUAGGGAAUUGCCGGGGCAGAGUCCCUUGCACAGCGCCCCGCCGCCCGCUUCCACCAGGAUCAGGUGCGCUCAGAAAAUCGUGACGCAGCUGGAGUUGCCGUUGAUGAGGAAAUGCCGCAAAAAUUCGUACGAGAGGCUCCCGCAGGAGGAUGAGGAGGAGGCGGAUGGGGAGCAGGAGACGGAUAUAGACGCGGUGAAGCCGAGCAAGAAAGACGGGAGAUGGUGGGCCGGGGACGGGAGGAAGCGAGACGAAAGGUUCGAUAAUCAGAAGAACGAAUUGGUGGAGAAGAAGCGAAUGGAGAUGAAGGGGAAGUUGUAA